AUGAUAAUUCUGUUCUUAUUUAAUUAUGUUGUUGCAUAAAUUUUAUACUGUCAUGUGAAAGUUGACGGAAUAGAAAAAGGUUAUCUUUCAUUCUAAUUACUAUGUGAAUCAACCCCUAAGUCUUGUUAAAAUAUCUAAGAACUUUAGGAAUUUAAUCUAACUCAUAUUUCAGAAUCUAAAAUGGAAAUGACAACAACUUUGGUAAAUAAUAAAUGGUAGUCUGAAAUCAAUAAUUUGUACACUCAAUUUGGAUCUAUUGGUUAAAGGAGAGACAUUGAAACUGGAGAAGUUGAUCAAAAAUAUACUAUAUUUCUUAACAAAUAAGAAUUUGAUGGACCUAAAAGCUAAUGGUUAGUCUUUGGUAAUAUCAUUCGAUAAGAGGACAAAGAACUUCUCAAUUAUUUAAAGUGGACUUCCCAAUCCUCAAACCAAAUUCCAAAUAGAGAUAUUAAAUUUAAGUGUUCACUUUGA